UGGUUCGAAGAUCAUCCAUCAUAUGUUUCCACCGCCACUUUCGCUUCCACCGCAUGCUGAUGACUCAGCAGAAGAAAAAGAAAACACAUGGAUGUCGUUAUGGUGCUUUCGAGUGUUAUCCUGUUUUUCUGCCUGUGCAAGGUUUCAGUUAUCUGCGAAGCUACCUUUACGAUCAGAGUCAGUAAGAAUGGAAAAGACAUCUCUGAAUGCAGAAACGUCUACAACGAUAGCAAACUGCCAUGUCUUACACUCGACUACGCUUUGCAAGGCGGCAAAGGCCUAUUGAGCAACACAAAAUUGCUUCUUGACCCUGGGAACUUUUUACUACAAAAUGACACGGAGUUUCAAUCCAAGGAAAAUAUUAGCUUUUUUGGUGGUUCAUCUUACGAGAAGAACACGAUCACAUGUUCAUCUGAGAAUGUUGGAUUGAGUUUUUUACGUUGCCGUGGAGUUACGAUUCGAGGUCUAACGUUCAAGAAUUGUGGAAGGAAGCGACAAGACACUUCCCAUAAUAAAAUGAUUUAUUCGGGAAUUCAUUUCGUCUUUUCCAAAGAUAUCAACAUAUCGAGUUCUCUCAUUACUGAAAGCCGCGGAACUGGAAUAACAAUGCUAGAUGUUGGUGGCUUUGUUUUUGUUGAAAACGUUGAUAUUCUCAGAAAUACAUUCAACGAUAAUGGAGGCGGUGCCUUUAUAGCCAUGACGACCUGUGGUGCUUUGGACUUAGUCAACUGCACAUUUCAUAAAGAACAACAGAAAUACAUCCACAACGCCAAAUUUACAUUUAGAUCUGUGAAAUUUUCAGGCAAUAUCGAUAAAACUAAUAUUUCGAAUUUGUUCGAGGAAACCCAGCUUCCGCAAUCAUUUCUCGGUAAAGGUGGUGGACUAACAAUUCAUCUCAACGGUAAUGCUUCGCAAAACCAGUUUUCGUUUGCUUUGUGUUCAUUUUAUGGCAAUGAAGCAAACUGGGGAGGGGGACUGUAUAUUGGGGUCAGUGAUGAAGCACAGAAUAACAAUGUAACAAUGUUGCCUGGUCUGACAUUUUGGAAGAAUAAAGCCACUUAUGGUGGUGGGGCUGUGCAGAUCACCUUGCUUCAUGCAAAAGUUUUGGCUGCAUGGAAAGAAAAUUUUGUUUUGUUUACUUCUUCAUACUUUGGGCUUAACAAUGCAGUUUGGGGUGGAGCAGUGUCAAUCAAAGCUAACACUAGAAUGAUGGGAAACAUAGAGAAAGAGGUCUCGAAGUCAAUUAUCUUCCAAUCUUGUUCGUUUUACUUUAACAAAGCAACUGUUGGAUCAGCAAUUGCAAUGGCAACAAAAAAUUUGAAUGUUUAUACUGUGGGUCCUGGAGUCCCUUAUGCAUUGUCUCUAAACAAUUCUUUUAUUACUUUAAAUGAAAUUAUCACAACUGAGGACAAGAAAGUAAUCGGCCAAGGGGCAAUAUAUGCUGAACAGUUCACAGUGCAUGUGGAAUCAACACCAUUUAGAAACAACACUGGGACUGCAUUGGUAUUAGAUUCAUCUUCACUGAUGGUCCAUGGCCAGGUUAAUUUUUUGUUUAAUCAGGGUAUAAAAGGUGGCGCUGUUGCAUUGUAUGGAAAUUCUUGGAUACAACUAACCAGCAACUCAGAGCUCAUUUUCCAGGAGAAUAGGGCAUACAUAAAGGGUGGGGCAAUAUAUUUCAAAUCAUCAGGACCAUCCAGGUUGGGUUUCACAUCAACAAAGUUAGCCACAUCACGGUGUUUCUUCCGUUAUGAAAAGCAAGUAGAGCUAGAUCCAUCAGCCUGGAACUGCAAGGUAAGAUUCAUUAACAACACAGCUCCAGAUGCAACAGGAAGUUCCAUAUUUGCCAGUACGUUAGAAAUGUGCCGCCAGGCUGGAGAGCCUAGGAUGAAUAAUACAGCUUUUGAGUGGCCUAAUGUUUUUGAGUAUAGUAAUAAACCAGAUGUAAAUUCACCUGAAAUUGUGACAGAGGCAAUACAGCUUUUCAAUAACAGAGCAGAGUGGAAUGCACAGCCAUCAAUUCCUUUCACAGCAAGUGUGACAUUGCUAGAUGAAAAAGGAAACAGUGUUUAUGGAACAGUGAAAGUUAAUAUUACAUCAGAUGAGGAUCCUAAAAUUCAUUUGGAUCCACCAAACAAUGUUUUUCUUAUUAAGGAUGCCAUGCAUGAUAUUAGGCUGGUUGGCAGUGUUGGAAAGCCAUUUAAUAUGAGUUUUAUAACCACAGAUGGACAGUUGAUAGAAACCAAUGUUGUGAGACAGUCACUGAAUUAUUGUCCACCAGGGUACAAACAAGAUGAUAAAAGCACUGUUUGCACCUGCAUGGAAGCAGAAAAAGCCAUAACCCGCUGUGAAAAUUAUACAGCAUACUUGCUAAGAGGUUACUGGGGUCACAUAGGAAAUAAUCAUGUCUUUGAAGCCUUCAAAUGCCCAAAGCACUACUGUACAUGUGACAUAAGUACUCCUAGCAUCCCAUAUGAAUGCCCUUACCCCAUGAUAAAAUGUGCAAAGAACAGGGAAGGUGUACUUUGUGGUAAAUGCAAGGCAGGCAUGAGUGUCAAACUAGGAGAUGAGAUUUGUGAUUAUUGCAGCAACCUUUAUCUACUCCUACUCAUUCCAAUUGUGUUGAUAGCUUCUCUGUUUGUUUUGUUUGUCUUUUACUUUAAUAUUGAUGCAUUUUCUGGCUAUCUAAAUGCAUUCCUUUAUUCUUAUCAAUCAAUUGAUACUGUUAUACCAGAAACGGUAACUUUAGACCCAUUCAUCAGUUGUGUUAUUGGCUUAAUGUGCUUGUCCGGAACUGGGAACUCGUUUGGUUUGUGUCUAUGGGAUGGUUUCAAUGAUCUUCAUAAGCUUGGUUUCAAUCUGGCAGUUCCAUUGUUUAUUUUACUUUUCACAAUUCUUGUUGGCACAUGUCUGUCAGGAGAGCUGUUCCGUAAAAUAUUUGGUAACUCUCUACGAUCAAAAUCAUUUGGAAGAGCACUGAGUUUUGUAUACACAUACUGUUACACAGCCUUGACAAGCAAAGCUUUACUGUUGCUGAAUCCAGUAACUAUUGAAAACCAAACAGUUGUUUUUGCAGCUCCAGAGUUUAAGUACUUUGGAAAGGAACACACAGCUUAUGCAGUUGCAGCUAUAAUUGUUCUUCUGGUAUUCACAGUUGGGUUUCCUGUCAUCUUACUCUUUACGCCAUUUUUCACCAAAAAAUUCCAGUGGCUUUUACGUAUGGAGCCUGCAUUUGAUGUUUUGAAGCUUUGCUUUAAGAAUCCAUUAAAUAGUAGAAACAAGUCGGAUUGUCGCUCAUUUGCUGCAUUUUACUUCAUAUGUCGCCUUGUUGUCCUGCUUUUUGAUAUAUUCGUGAAGGAUGAGACGCCACGUCUUGUCCUCAUUGCCCUGUCAAGUGUCUGUUUCCAGGUAAUCUUCACCUGGUUCCAACCCUACGUAGUAUGGACACUGAAUUUUUGGGAUGUGAUUUUGUUAACCAACAUGUGUUUUGUGAGCUUGGUUAGUAUUAUACUGAGUGUGCCAUACAUUCUUUAUGAUGUUUAUCGUCAAAUUCUGGUGUAUGUUCUAAAGAUCCUGGUAUACAUCCCCUUGCUCAUCAUUAUUGCGAGACUUUUCGUGUACAGUCGAAGCAAAAUAAAUCGAUGCAAAAGGAGAAGCUCAACAAUACUGGAAGAUGAAGUCAGCAUUGGUGGAAAGAAAUCAAGGCUACGGGUGCCGUUUUUGGGAAGAAGACGAAAAAAAAAAUUCUUACAUUCCAAGGCGGUUACACGAGGACGAGCCAAGUGAAUUGUCUGAGGGUUAUACAAACAAGCCGUCAUGAUGGUGGAAAGAAGUGCCUUGCCGAUCUAAAAUAUUGUGCGAAUGAAGAUUCAACUUCUAUAAGAGAUUUUCUUUGAGACAAGCUUUUUCUUUUAGCGAAAACUAGACCGUUACGGGUUCUAUCUUGACUGUAAACACUAAAAAGGACCUCAAUUCGAAGAUUAGGUUGUCGAUUUUCGUUUCCAGCUGCAAUCUAUCUAGUAUUGACGAUGGCAAUUCGAAAUAUCAAUGCAAUAUGAGCUAAUGUAUCAAAUAUCCAUGAAAUAUUUUUCAGUUAUAACAAGGAUAGAACAGAUGGGCUUGAUUAUUACCCACCAGGCCUCUUUUGUUCUAAGUCCAAAAUUUAUUCAUAAGGAGUUUUCUAUUAACAUACAUCUUCGGCUAAUGAAUUGGAAAUCGAGGCGUUAAAUUGAGAUAUGAUCCUAACUAAACACACACAAGAAGAUUCGUUUAAUGGAUGUUGUAUAUUCUGUAUUAUGUUGUUAGUAAGUUGGGCCCAGCGUCAAAGGUUGCUUUGAUUUUGGCUUUUCAAUAGGUUUUGAUUGAUUGGGUCGGUAAAUAAAGUAAGGAUAGUUCUAUAGAGUCCUAGAAACCCACCUAAUUGCCACAAAAACGAAAAAUCGCAACAUUUCGUACAAAUAUCGUAUGUAAUCCUUCAACUAUGCUUCACGUAGCAUCCAAUCCAUCAAAUCGGGGAUUCACUCCCAUAUAAUACCUCUAUAACGCGUCUAUAACAUCCCCGUCCUUAAUAACCAAUGCUAGAAUUCCAAACGUUUACGUGCUACACACGUAUUCGUAUGAGCUCUUCUAGUUAAAGACGAAUUCUUCAAGACUUCUUUUUUCAAACUCCAUACUAAAGCCAACUGUUAUCAUGGCUGUUACUUCUAUUAUUCUAAUAAAAACAACGUUUAUUCCACUCAGGCUGCGACCACGUCGAGAGGCUUUCCUUCUUGAUCCGUGCUUCGAUGUACAGAUCGUCUUCACUACUAACCGAAAUUGCUAACAAAACACUGGAAUAAUCAGUAGGUACUCUUUUUAUCUAACCAAUUCCUUCCAUAAACAGUCAGUCUAUUGGCAACUUUUUCCAUAAAUGAUCAGUUUAUCGGACAAUUGAGGUUGUACUUGCCAGUGGUUGCGCCAGCCACUAAGCUGGGGAGGGGAGGGGAGCUCGGGUCAAAAUUUACGGCGACGAUCUUUUUACUGUAAGAAACCGCGCUUUAACCAACAUUUAGAAAUUGAACUUCACUACUAAAUCAAUGGGUGGAUAAAAAACGACAUUAUUGAAACUUGAAUCGCUGGAAAGGAACAUUAUCAUGGCUUAGAAUGCCAAUGCCGUUUUAUAUAUAUAUGUUUUGAAAUAUUGACUCAACAAAGAGUAAAGUACAAUAUUCGUUUGUUCUUUGAACAUUCAACAGCUGAAGCUCCUAUUUCUUGGCAAUGUAAGUGGGAGUGAAAAGGGUCAGCCAUCGUUUAAUAAUGUGUAAAGAUGAAGCGUAGCCUUGUUCUAUAACCAUAUAAUAGGUUCUGGGAGCCUGAGGCUUGACUCUUCUUUCCAUUUUCUAUGCACUUCUCAAGCUCCUGCAAGUGAUGUGAUGUGAACAAUUGCCAACGGGAAAAUAGUUUGGCAGUAUUUAUAGGUUUAAUGAAUUCCCUUUUAUCCUAAAAUUCUACUUUGGUCAAAAGACUUUGAAGCUGGCAAUGUGUCAUAUCUGCCUAUUUUUAGGAAGGACGAAUGCUAGCCCCUACCGCUGCACCCUUUUAAUCCAUAUGUCUUUUCUGUUAUUGUUUCCAAAUUUCCGUUUGCGAAAUAGACUUCAUGAGCCUUGGGAACUCACUACGGGGCAAAGUAGCCUUAUCCUAAUUCUAACGUACAAUUCGCAGAGAAGGACAAUUUUUAGUUUAUACAUUAUAUUUUAUACGUAAAUACAAAUUUAAAUGAGCAAUUUAUUUUGAAAAUGUAGUUAUGUUUUGAUACUGAGAAGUUUACGAUUAAACAAUUUUCGUGCUUA